CUUUGAUGUUCUACACAUUUGACAUACAUACCUAGUAACAUCAAUAUCCAUUGAUACCUUCGAGGAAUCAUUGAUAUGACUAUAUUUACCUACCUAGUUAGCAAACUAGGGGAUACAUGAAUGCAUUAACAGUUCAUAACUUCAUAUUGUCUCAAAUUGUUCAGCUUAUCUAUCUCGCGCGGUCGGUGCAUUUACAGCAGCAUUAUUGUGAUUCUCCAAGUUGGAGACACUGUUAAGAAUCUCAUCUAUCUUCAGAUAUACCAACAGGAAGAAGUAGGCAAUUUAACUACUCUUGAUGUGCAUUGAAGCUAGAUGCUCCACGAUUGUAUCUAUCUGAUCGUCCACCCUCGGCAAGACGCUCAAAUGCCACAGCCGAGGUUCAUUUAAGCUGUUCCUAGAUUUUUGAGGGUUCCUCAAUUUAGGUACCUAUGGGUCGCUGCCCAUGUGGCUUCCUAGUUCUCAACAAAUUCUACCCUUCAACGCUUAGACUAGGAUUUCCUUAGUUAAGGAUCUGCCACAACUAAAACUCAAUCAGCCGCAAACAAUGUCCGAGUCCCCUAAAGAAAAGGAAUUACCUCGCUCGUCUUGCGGCUUAGAGACCACGAAGUCACGUGAAGGUAUCGAGAGAGUCAAGGCUUUUUUGGAAAGUUACAAGGACUCGAAGAAUCCAGAUUGGAUGACAAAUAUAAUACCUUAUCUCUCCCUCGUCUCAUACUCGUCUUCACCACCACAUCCUAGUAUCACCUUCAAAUUCACCGUACAGCCCAUUCAUUGCAACAACCUGAAUACCCUACAUGGCGGGUGCGCUUCAACUAUUCUUGAUUCAUGUACGACCUUGGUACUUCAUCUCAUCUCGAAGCCAGGCUUCUGGCAGUACGCUAGCGUGAGCCGGACGGUCAAUGUUACAUAUAUUCGACCCAUCCCCGUUGGCACAACCACCCACGUCAAGUGCAGCAUCCUACACGCUGGUCGUAAUCUAUGCUCCCUGAGAGGGGAGAUGAGAUCGGUAACGGAGGAUGGCCAAGAAGGUCUACUGCUGGUGGUUUGUGAACAUGGAAAAGCCAACAUAAAUCCGCCAGCCGAGAAACUAUGAUUACAGAAGUUAAGAGAUCUAAGAUCGACGAGAAGGUGGCCACCUAGCGGGGAAAGUCCAAGACUACAGUACAUAGACAUUAGGUGUAAUUUCUCCAUGAAUUCAACCUUGUCUUCCUAAUAAAUGCUCGCGCCGCUCGAACUAACGGCCCAAGAGGAUUUUCUCGGAAUAAGGGUCAAUUGUGAAAGUGCUCCUGGCACGAUCCAAAUCAUGUCGAGCUAACUUGUGGAUAGGCAGAUUAUAAAUAUCGUUUAUGUAUCGUAAAUACAGCACUUUAACUUUAUUAGUCGCAGUUUAA